AUGAAGUUCACCACUGCUCUCGUCACCCUCGCCGCUGGCGCCUCUGCCAUGCCCUGGGCCUCUCACUUUGGCACUGGCAAGCACCACCGCAACACCAAGGACGACGUGACCGUCCACAUCAAGGUCGACCAGAGCCCCGUCCGCUCGAGCAAGCUUCACGCUUCCAACUUUGAGAUCUGCUGGCUGGUCUGCUGGCCCGAGGCGCCCACUUGCCCCGAUGGUUGGGUACGUGAUACCGCAAAGAACGCUCCCAUAUCUUCUUUGCCACAAGCUGACUUUGCCGGCCUUGGCGAACAAACAGUACUCGAACAACAUGAGCACGGUCCAGCAUCAACGGACGCAGAGGACCCUGAAUCUUUACAGAGUGGAGGACACCAACAAGCCCGCUCGUUCGCUCUAACCUUCGUUCGUCGGGUCGGCGGCGAAGAGGUUCGUCGGGAGGGCUUACUGAGAGCAGCAAAGCAGCAGCCCAGAAGUGCGACCAGGGCCGCCCGAGAUGGGUCCCCAUUAGCUAAUAGAUUGCCUCGCGCCGCCGCACUAGACUAG